AUGAGCAGUCCGCAGCCCCAUCGACCCGACGAGCCCCAAUCCCAAAUUGCUGCCCGCAACCAUCCUCAGCGCCCAUCUCGACCCAGUUCACCCACUCGCGAUGCCUCCCACACCCCCUCAGACAUUAGCCGCGAUUCCGCCACAUCCCCCAGCGUCGCCUCGGAGUCCUACAUCAGCUACCCCUCAGCUUUCACCGAAGUCAGCGAUCUCGUCUUCCCUAUUCGCUCUGUUGUCAGUGUCGAUAAGGCGAGUUCGAGGUCCGACAUUGAUGACCAUGCUUCUCGCACCUCCAACCCAGGUUCCAUGGGAACGCCCGUCGCUCAGUCGACUCCAUCCAGAACUAUCACCGUCGAUACCGGCCCAAGUUCCGUCCCCCCUUCGCCCAGCCCAAUGUCGCCUGUCGGUCGCGGUCGCUCCCGCGCAUCAGUUGAGCUCAACUCCAGCACUCACACCGAUACCACCCGCUUCGCCUCAUCAAAUACCCCAAUCGAGCUCGACAUCGCAGCAUCCGACGCUGGCAGCGACGUCGAAUCGGGCGUCUUGGGCCGACCUGGUCUGCAAGCCCAGACAGAACUCUCCUCGCACAUCUCCGAAACCCAGUCAUCUGUCGACGUCCCCCUCGUCACAACUCGAUUUACCCACGUCGAAACGCAAGAGGGUCACGCCAUCAUCACAGGAAGAGACGGUAUACUUCAGCAGUGCGAAGAUGAACCAAUCCAUAGUCCCGGCGCCGUCCAGAGCUUCGGAUGUCUGCUGGCCAUGCAAGAAGAAACUGACGGCAACUUUAUCGUCCGCUAUGUUAGCGAAAAUUGUAAACGCUUUCUCGGUUACUCGCCUAGGUCGCUAUUUCGCUUAACAAACUUUCUCGACCUCUUGACAGACGAUCAACAAGACAAUCUCCUCGACCACGUUGACUUCAUCAAGGAUGAGGACGCUGAUCCCGCCAUCAAUGGCCCUGAAAUUCUCAGCAUCUCUAUACGCCAUCCGAAGAUCGGCAAAUCUGUCAAACUCUGGUGUGCUAUCCACAUCAACGCCGCUCAUCCGGACCUCAUCAUCUGUGAGUUUGAGCUGGAUGAUGAUCUGGACAAUCCUCUACGACCACCAAACGAGCUUACGCCCGAUGCCCCAACCGAUACCCUCGAAAGUUCUCCGUCCAAGCAAGCUCUUAUCGAGGCUGCCGAGAUCAUCAGCAAACCUCUACGCAUUCUUCGAAGUGCGCGUAAACGGCGCGGCGAGCAAGGAGCCAUGCAAGUAUUUGACAUCCUGUCACAGGUGCAAGAGCAGCUAGCAUCUGCACCCUCUCUUGAAGUGUUCCUCAAGAUCCUUGUUGGCAUCGUCAAGGAACUCACCGGCUUUCAUCGCAUCAUGAUUUACCAGUUCGACUCCACUUUCAACGGGAAAGUUGUUACAGAAUUGGUAGAUACCUCUCACACUUUGGAUCUCUACAAGGGGCUGCACUUUCCAGCUUCAGAUAUUCCCCGUCAGGCCCGUGAGCUGUAUAAAGUGAACAAAGUACGCCUGCUUUAUGAUCGUGAUCAGCCGACAUCGCGAAUUGUCUGCCGUUCCCAACAAGAUCUGGAAGUUCCUUUGGACAUGACGCAUGCCUAUCUCCGAGCCAUGUCUCCUAUCCAUGUCAAGUAUCUUGGAAAUAUGGAGGUUCGGUCUUCCAUGUCCAUUUCCAUCAACGCUUUCAGUGAGCUUUGGGGCCUGAUAGCCUGCCAUUCUUAUGGCGAACGCGGAAUGAGAGUGUCGUUCCCUGUUCGUAAAUUAUGCCGACUCGUCGGCGAAACUGCGUCAAGAAAUAUUGAACGACUUUCUUACGCUUCCCGCCUUCAAGCUCGGAAACUUAUCAACACAUCACCUACCGACAAGAAUCCAUCAGGCUAUAUUGUGGCAUCCUCGGAUGACCUGUUGAAACUUUUUGACGCUGAGUGCGGUUUGCUGUCCAUCAAAGACGAGACGAAAGUAAUGGGCAACUUGGAACAUAGCCAAGAAGCACUGGCGCUGCUUGAGUACUUGCGUAUGCGGAAGCUUACCUCAGUACUGGCCUCGCAAGACGUAAGACUCGAUUUCCCCGAUUUACGAUAUGCUCCUGGAUUUCAUCACAUUGCCGGGUUCCUCUAUGUUCCGUUGAGCGUUGGCGGUAAUGAUUUUAUUGUCUUCUUCCGUAAAGGCCAAGUCAAAGAAGUCCAAUGGGCUGGAAACCCGUACGAGAAGAACAUUCGAAAAGGAACUGCUGCAUAUCUUGAACCGCGAGCAAGUUUCAAAGUCUGGAACGAAACUGUUAUCGGGAAAUGCCGCGAAUGGGACGAAGAGCAAGUCGAGACAGCCUCUGUUCUUUGCCUCGUAUACGGCAAGUUCAUUGAAAUCUGGAGGCAAAAGGAAGCGGCGAUACAAAAUACAAAGCUCACGCGGCUAUUAUUAGCCAACUCUGCACACGAGGUUCGAACGCCUUUGAAUGCCAUCAUCAACUAUCUCGAAAUUGCACUUGAAGGUAGCCUCGAUAGCGAGACUAGAGAUAAUCUCGUGAGAUCUCACUCUGCAUCCAAGUCGCUCAUAUAUGUCAUCAAUGACCUUCUAGAUCUCACCAAAGCAGAAGAAGGCCAAGAUCUCAUCAAGGACGAGGUCUUUGAUCUAAGGACUUGCAUUGAAGAGGCAACGGACCCAUUCAAGAUCGAUGCCAACAGAAAAGGCCUUUCAUACGAAGUAUCUCAGCACGAUGGCUUGCCCAAGUUUGUCCAUGGAGAUACGCGCCAGCUGAGACAGGCGCUUUCGAACGUUACCGCAAAUGCCGUCAAGCAUACCCAGCAGGGCUCUGUCAAGAUUAGCAUACAAGUCACAGACCUGGAAGAGAAGCAGGCAACUAUCGAGUUUGAAGUGACAGAUACGGGCUCAGGAAUGACUUCUCGCCAAAUCGAUGCACUCUUCCAGGAUUUGGAGCAAGUCAGCGCUACACUUUCCGACUCAGGAGACUCACCUGAUCCGACAUACAAUUCCGGUUCAUCGCGGACUCUUGGACUCGGCCUGGCCGUCGUCGGCAGGACUGUCCGGAAUAUGAAUGGACAGCUAAGAUUGACCUCUGAAGUUGGAAAAGGUUCUCGGUUCACCAUACAACUUCCUUUCCAACUGCCCGACAGCGAGAUUGAUUCGUCGGGAUCAGGCGUAUCGUCCGGGCACAAUGUUAGGAGAGCGUCACAGCGCGAAUCGAAGAGACCGGAAGGCGAGAUCACUUUGGUGCAAAGAGGAUCAGGCUCAAAGGUUCCUACACUGAGAGAAACAAGCAUCGGUAGUGACGAUCGCCGCAGUGGCAGCCAACGUAGUCGCGGAAGCUACGAAAGCGUCAGAAGCGACACAGAUCGUCUUAUUGACGCUAUUCAGACACCACUGAUUGGAGCAAACAAGGAGACUGAAUAUUUCACUCCUAGGCGACACUCCAAGGGUAGCACCAACUUGUCUACCUCUUUGUCUGGCUUGUCAGCCGGCCCUGCGUCACCCGAGCUAACCAAGCAGGGCGACUUGAUGUCAACAUCACACAGUGAAUCAGGUUCGGUGUCAGUCAAGGAUUCUAAGACGCCCAUCAAGGCAGUCAAAAUGCCCGAUGAAAGCAGCUUAAAGACAAACACAACGAGACAAGACGAGAAACCUACCGAAAAUCGGAGUCAACUUGGAAGGCCACGAAAUGACAGCGUAGCGCAAGAGAUUCCCUUGAGAGCCCUUAUAGCAGAAGACGAUCCCAUCAACCUAAAGAUUGUUAGAAAACGUCUAGAGCGCGCUGGCCAUAUGGUGACUCACGCUGUCAACGGCGAAGAUUGCGCCGCACUUUUCAAGUCUUGUGCUUCUACGGUGGACAUCAUUCUCAUGGACAUGCAGAUGCCUAUUGUGGACGGACUGACAAGCACGAAAAUGAUUCGCUCAAUGGAACACGAGUCUCAAAUUGAAGGUCAUUCAGACGUGGCUAAGCGCAAUGGAAGAGUGCCAAUCAUUGCAGUUUCCGCGUCUUUGGUCGAAGGGCAGCGGCAAAUGUACAUUGAUGCAGGCUUUGAUGCCUGGAUCCUGAAGCCCAUUGACUUUAAACGUCUCAGUGUCUUGAUGGGAGGUAUACACAACGAUCUGGCUCGAAACGCGAGCGUGUACGUGCCUGGGCAAUGGGAAUCAGGUGGCUGGUUCUCAGCCCGGCUAUCGGAGGAAGCGCAGAGCAGUUCAUGA